AUGGAUACUAAUCAAGUAGUUUUUAUACAAGGUGAUAUACAACUUCAAGGUUUAGUUUCUCUUGUUAUUCAGAUGAACAAUGAAGAUUUCUAUUUGAAUGUUGAUGUGAUUUCGAAGCAUACUGGUUGUAGCACUAGUUCAAGGUCUUUGUCUCGUUCUAAUUCUGGUUGUAGCAGUAGUUCUGGUGCUAGUACUUCAAACUCUUGUGUAAGUGAAAGUCCUAAGCUUGUAAGGGUGGUCGAUCAUGACGCGGAAAAAUCCAAGCCUCUCAUUAUCGAUGAAUGGCAUUAUGUUUUUGACAAUAUUGGUAGAGAAUUUGUGGGUGGUGUUUUAGUUGUAAGGAUUGUUGUUGAUCAAUACAAGAUGUGUACUGGUUACAAGAUUCUUAUUCUUAAAAACGACAAGACUCGUUUUACUGCGAAGUGCGAAGAAGAUGGUUGUGGUUGGAGGAUUCACUUUGGGCCUGUGAAGGGUGAUAUUUCUCGGUUUGUGCUGAAAGAUUCUAACGUUAUUCACAGUAUACAGGGUGAUCCCACUUUAAAACCCAAACAGAUCAUGUCACUCUUUAAGAAGACUUAUGGGUCCAAUAUUAAGUAUCACCAUGCCCGUAGAGGGAAAGAAGCUGUAUUUGAAGAUCAAUAUGGUGACGACGAUAAGUCGUAUAGCGAUUUAAAUUGGUAUGUGAAAGCCAUUGAGCAAACUAAUCCUGAUAGCCUUGUGAAACUUGAAGUUGAUGAAGAAACUGGAAGAUUUAAGCGGAUUUUCAUCUGUUUCGGUGCUUGCAAGCAUAGCUAUAGGUAUCUCAGGCCCAUGAUUUACUUGGAUGCUACUUUCCUCAUUGGUAGAUUCAGGGGUACUUUGAUGGCUGCAACAUGUGUUAAUGGAAAUGAUGGUUUUUACCCAUAUGCCUUUGCUAUUGUUUUAUCUGAAAACAAAGACAAUUGGUUUUGGUUUCUGGAGAAUCUUCAACAAGUGGUCGAUGAUCGUCCGAUUGUUUUCCUAAGUGAUCGUCACGAAGGACUUCUGCAGGGCAUUCCAAGAGCAUUUUCUGGUUCAUAUCACAACUAUUGCUUUUACCACAUCAAGUGCAAUCUCCAUAUUGGAAAAGGUGAUGCGAAUUACAAUGUCGUUAUUGAUUUGUUUUACAAAGAUGCUUACUCUUACACAACAACGAACUUUGAAGAAUCUUUGCGGGGCAUGCAUGCAAUUGGUUGUGGACAUGUUGCUAAUUAUCUCAGGACCAUUCCAAAGGAUAAAUGGGCAAAUGCAUUUUUCCCUGUAUGCAGAUAUGCUGCUCACUCUUCAUUUAUUGCCGAGUCAUUCAAUAACUGGAUUCUUGAGUUCAAAAAGUUGCCUGCUUUUGCUCUUCUCGAUGCGAUACGGUGA